GCUGAGGGUCACGUGGUUGCAGCUGAGCUCCGGGUUAGGAUUGGGCGCCGGGGGAUUCGGCCACCGGGCUGCGGGCGCCCCCAGCUUGGCUGGGCUCGCGCUGCUCAGGAUGCGCAACGGGCAGGGCGCGGCACGGGCCCCGGUACUGCAGUUCACCAACUGUCGCAUCCUGCGGGGCCGGAGGCUGCUCAGGGAGGACUUGUGGGUGCGUGGGGGCCGCAUUCUGGACCCAGAGAGGCUGUUCUUUGAGGAGAGGCUGGUGGCCGACGAGCAGCGGGACUGCGGGGGCUGCAUCCUGGCGCCUGGCUUCAUCGACGUGCAGAUGAACGGAGGAUUUGGCGUUGAUUUCUCACAGGCCACAGAGGAUGUGGGUUCGGGAGUCGCCCUGGUGGCCCGUAAGAUCCUAUCGCAUGGAGUCACCUCCUUCUGUCCCACCUUAGUCACCUCACCACCGGAGGUUUAUCACAAGUUUCCUCAAACUUCAAGUGAGCGUCAUCAUGGUAUGCAUCUCUCUGGGUCACUGAAUGUUCUGCAUUGGGUCCUUCCUCAGAUCCCUGUGAAGAGUGGUGGUCCCCAUGGGGCAGGGGUCCUCGGGGUGCACCUGGAGGGCCCAUUCAUCAGCCGGGAAAAGCGAGGUGCACACCCCGAGGCGCACCUGCGCACCUUUGAGGCCAACGCUUUCCACGAUGUGCUGGCCACCUACGGGCCCCUGGACAAUGUCCGCAUCGUGACGCUGGCCCCUGAGCUGGAUCGCAGCCACGAGGUGAUCCAGGCACUGACGGCCCGUGGCAUCUGUGUGUCCCUAGGGCACUCAGUGGCCGACCUGCGGGUCGCAGAGGAAGCCGUGCAGAGUGGGGCCACCUUCAUCACCCACCUCUUCAACGCCAUGCUGCCUUUCCACCACCGUGACCCGGGCAUUGUGGGGCUCCUGACCAGUGACCAGCUGCCCCCCGGUCGCCACAUCUUCUACGGGAUGAUCUCGGAUGGCACGCACACCAACCCGGCGGCACUGCGCAUUGCCCAUCGGGCCCAUCCCCAGGGGCUGGUGUUGGUCACCGACGCAGUCCCUGCCCUGGGUUUGGGCAAUGGCCGUCACACGCUGGGGCAGCAGGAGGUGGAGGUGAACGGGCUGACGGCCUACGUGGCAGAAUCUGCUCUCUGCUCUCAAGGCACCAAGACGCUGAGUGGCAGCAUAGCCCCGAUGGACGUCUGCGUCCGGCAUUUCCUGCAGGCCACAGGUCAGCGAGGGUCGGGGUGGAGGCUGCCUCGGGGAGAGGCUGCAGGGAAGAGUGGGGACCACAAGGCUCCUGCACCCACAUCCCUCAUCUGUCACAUCUGGCUGCAGUGUGGAGUCAGCCCUGGAGGCUGCAUCUCUGCACCCCGCCCAGCUGCUCGGACUGGAGAAGCACAAGGGGACCCUGGACUUCGGGGCUGAUGCAGACUUCGUGGUGCUCGACGACUCCCUCCACGUCCGGGCCACUUACAUCUCAGGCGAGUUGGUGUGGCAGGUGGAGGAGGCCAAGCAGUGACCAAGGAGCACACCUGGAGAGGACGCAUAGACCCACCCGGACGGUGUCAGGGCUGCGCCGUCAAGGAGCUGGUCUCCGGGGAGCAAGUGGGAGCCCUGUCCCAGGGGGACAGCCUGGGCCCCAGAGGCAGCUGGCUCAGAUAAACCGUGUGCCCUGCCAGGAC